GAGAGAGAGAGAAAGGGAGAGAGACAACACGCGUUGCCCGGAAACUCACACUCUAUGAAGUGGAGCAAGCCGAGGCACAAUCAUUAUUGUAGCUGCAGCACCACUCCCCAUCCUCAGCACACGUCACCCACAGAGAGAGAGCCAGAGACACGGAGAGGAGGACGGUUGCCAGCCAUGGGGAACCUCAUUAAGGUCCUUGGCAAGGAUUUAGAGAACUGUCCGCAUUUUUUCCUGGACUUUGAAAAUGCCCAGCCCACGGAGGCAGAGACAGCUGUGUGGAACCAGGUCAGCGCUGUGCUGGAAGAGGCUCAUGGGAUACUGGCCGAGCUGCAGUCCUACAACGGAGCGGGCCAGGAGAUACGAGAAGCCAUCCAGAAUCCAGGCGACUUGGCCCUCCAGGAGAAGGCCUGGAACGCAGUCUGCCCCCUGGUGGCUAAACUGAAGCGCUUCUACGAGUUCUCCCUAAGACUGGAGAACGCCCUACGGAGCCUGCUGGAGGCGCUCACGAGCCCCCCCUACGCCCCCAUGCAGCACCUGGAGCGAGAGCAGGCCCUGGCCAAGCAGUUUGCUGAGAUCCUGCACUUCACGCUCAGCUUUGAUGAGUUAAAGAUGACAAACCCGGCCAUACAGAAUGACUUCAGCUACUACAGGAGGACUAUCAGCAGGAACCGGCUCAACAACCAGCAGUUGGAAGCUGAGAAUGAGGUGAACAACGAGAUGGCCAAUCGAAUGUCUUUGUUCUACGCUGAGGCCACGCCCAUGCUGAAGACUCUGAGCAACGCCACCACCAAGUUUGUUUCAGAGAACAAGACCUUGCCAAUAGAGGACACCACAGACUGCCUGAGCACCAUGGCGUGCGUAUGCCGGGUCAUGCUGGAGACUCCUGAGUAUCGCUGUCGCUUCACCAACACAGACACCAUGCUCUUCUGUAUGAGGGUGAUGGUGGGCGUCAUCAUCCUCUACGACCACGUCCACCCCGUCGGGGCCUUCGCCAAGACCUCCAAAAUUGACAUGAAGGGCUGCAUCAAGGUGCUGAAAGAGCAGCCAUCCAACAGCGUGGAGGGACUCCUGAACGCACUGAGGUACACAACAAGACAUCUAAACGAUGACAGCACCUCCAAACAAAUCAGGGCCCUCCUGCAAUGAGUGAUGGAGAGGAGGAGGAGGAGGUGGAGGGGUAACAGGAGGUGCAGAAGGAGGAGGAGCUAAGGCUAGCACCAAUGGACACCCUGAUUGUUUACAGCAAAAAGGAAGGAGGAAAAAAAUAUCUAAAUGAUCCCCAGGUUGAAAAAAAUAGUUAAUACAGACCUGAUGAUAAAAGGAGGAAAAGGGAAAUAAUUAUAUAUAUUUAUUGUCAGCUGUCCAUCAUUCUGUCUCUCAUUUUGUAAAACAGAAAACGCCAGAAAAGAAAAACUAUAAAUAUAUAUUAGAAAAGUGCAAGGCAGGGGAACACGCAAGAUUAAAAUAGGUAGGAUCUAAGAAUGAAAAGGAAGCUAUACUGCAACAUGUAAAAUAUAAUGAAAAGGUCAGAGUCACAGACAAACUACACUUUACAUAUUUUUAAAAACAAUAAAAACGGUCAUAUUGCAA